GACGUUACUUCAUUUUACGUUUUCUCGUGCUUUGCGUUCCCCUCUUUGUUUUCAAAAGGGUUUUGGCUAUUUACCAGCAUUGGUUUUGUGGGAAGACGCCGUAGCUGUAGCACGUACCAUUUCAUCGACUUUUCGUGAAGGAGUAGAAAUCAAAAAGAGCAUUUACUAUUUGGCGUCGCCUUCACUUCCUCUUUGGAAUAAAAAACGCUUGGGCAGUCGUGUCUCGCAAGUUCACCUUCUUGAUCCCGCUUUUUUUCUGGCUCGAUCGUUGGCCUAAGGAACUCUUUUCAGGAAGGAGUUUGCCGGGCUGUAUGCCGCGUUUUCGUUUUCCCUUUUUCUGGUUUUUAUCGAAUUAUCGCCUCGUAUUUCGUCUCACACGCGCUCACGUAAGGAGCCAGAAGCACUUGGCGACUCAACGUGCAAAUUUUAUGGUUUCUUCCAUUGUUAUCCGCACUUUUCCCAGUAUUAGCAGCAUAUAUAUUUAUAUAUGUAUAGAUCCGAAUGCACAGUCAGGUUCUGUUGAGAUGGCUGGUCCGCCGAGCUUGCACACCGGGUGUGCUCUCCAGUUCUCAAAUCGGAAUGACGGUGCACGCACUGCGUCAGCUGGGCGCGCUAACCGUCUCAUCCGCGACAACGUCGCCGCUCAACGUUCUUCCGGUAAUACAGACUCUCUGUGUCGCGGCUGAUGGACGCUCUCAGGCAAACGUGCUGCAUGCGCUUGCCUGCGCCACCACAGAGCAAUGCAGCCCCCGCGUCACGGUGCAGACGGAGCUCUGCAGCACCUUGCAACUCCUUCAGGGCCGAUUGGUGGAGACGGCCGUCUCGCUGACAGCGCCCGAGACCAUUUUGGUGAUGGAGGCGCUGAUAAAGCUGGCCCCCUUUGCUGGUCGGGACGGACCGCUCAUUAAUCGCCGUCUACUGGACGAGGUGCAGGAGCGCUCCAUGGCACUGGCGAGUGUGGUGGAGCGUCCGGUCGAUUUGCUGGGCGUGACGCGGGUGGUGGUCGAGGCUGUAACGUCGGUGCCCUUCACGGCGCCCUCCUCCUCCCUGUCAAUUCAGCCUUUCACCUCGAUGGGCACGGCGUCGUGGGCAGAUGUAACGCUGGAGAACGUCCUGCGCGUCGUACAGGCCCGUCUGAGCUCCUUUUCAAAUCAAGAUCUGAUCUCGUUGGUGGACGUGCUCACGGUGGCGAGGGUACCUGCAGCAACAGAAGCAGUAGCAGCGGAUUCGUUGCCAGUGAGCGCCUCUUCGUCACCUUCGCUCCCACGGGCUCCUACGGAAAAGCAACAGGCAUCGGAUACCGCCGCGGGCGGCGCACGCGAAAAAUACACUUUUCUCGACGCGGCGCGCUUCCUGUUGGAUGACUUGCUGGGGCGAGCUUUCCUCACCGUGCCGAACCUCUCCGUCGCGCAGCUUUCGGCCUGGCUGACGCGUCUGGUCAAGCUGCAUUUGACAGACCACCAACUUCUGCGCACCGUGGUGCAGUCUCUCGCCGCCGCGGCGCGUGAACAGGGAAGCUUCACCGACGCGCAGUUGUCAUCGUCCGUGCACGCACUCGCUGCGCUUUUCUCUACCACCGUAACCGGGACAGAAAAGUGGACGGACAAGGAGUUGUACGCGAAGGCGUACGUGGAGAUCUUGCAUGAGCUCGUGAAGCGGCUGCAUCAGAGGCCUCGCUGUGACCCGACGGGGCUGGCCCAUGCACAGACCUACCUCCUGCCGCUGCUGUUCAACGUGCCGGAAGUGGCGCUGAAUGCGUACUUGCAGCAGGCAGAGUUGCUCGAUCGGCGCAUGUCCAUGCCGACCGCGGCCUUAACACCGUCCAAUUCCUCGCCACAGGUCCGCGUUUUCGUGCUGCUGAGCGCGAGUCUCGAAAUGGGUGCCGCCUUGUUGCUUCGCCACUUUCACGAGCUUGCACCGCGGGUGCAGGCGCACGUGGCUGCCUUCGUCUUUCAUUGGCAUCUUUACCUACCACAGCCAAAAGCCGACGCGAAGGCCGAGAGCGAUUCCACUGCGGGUGCGGAGAGCCCUCUGGGUUCACCGGUGACGACGCCGAAGGCGGUGGAGAUGGUGCGUCGGUGCAGCUUCAUGACGGCCGAUGAGGCGUCCCGCAAGCACCGUGCGGUGUGCGGGCUGUUGGAGGGUUGUCUGGCCAACUUCGGCGCGAAGGAUGCGGUGCAGGUUCUGAACGAAGUGGUUGUUCUGCACUACGCCCAGCCUGGGCAGCGGCGGCAACAACAACAAAGCAAGUGCAUGUCGUCUCCCGCAGAACGAAACACCGCAGCAACAGCGACGGCGGUGGAGGCGGGUCUUCCAGAGGAUGAUACAAGCGCGAUGCAGGAGGACGCCGCUCGUCAACGACGCGAGCUUCUCGCGCACCUCUCCGCCAAGAUAGGAGGAUCUCUGCAGGGCGAAUUGAAGGAGAUGCACACUGCCCAGCUCGUCCGCUACCUGACUUCGCUGUCGAAGAUGGCCACCCGAGUGCAGGCGCCUUACAAUACCGUGUUGCUGGCGUUGAAGGGCCGCUCUCUCACCAGCUUUGAGCAAAUCAGCGUCCUCGGCGUACUAGCCCGGCAUCACCUGCGCUCCCCCUACGUCGUGUACGGCGUGGUGCGGGACCUGCCGCAGCUGGGGCAAACGCUGCACAACUCUCAAAAGGCGGCUCUGCUGAAGUACCUUGGCCAGGCCGGUGCACAGCGACUUGUGAAGGCUCCGUGCGCGGAGGGCCUCAUGCCGGGUGUGCUUUUCUCCGAUGCAACGGAGGUGACUCAGCUUUCUCUACUGGAGCUUGUCUUCGCUUUCAUCGGACUUGUCGAGCUGCGACAAAACGCGAACCCGACGACGUCGCAGGUGCUGCAGGAGCUGGCACAACGCGUGUCCUUGACACACGACAGCGACAAGCUCGGCGGGCCACUCUCCCACCGGCACGUCUUUUACCCAGUUCGAUCCCCCACCACUCUCGCCGAGUUGGUCACCUCGCUCUGCCGGUACGGCGGUCCGUCGAAGGGCGUCACGGCGCCGCUGCUCGUCGAGGCGAUGCGGGCGCUGCAACUGCGCGUAGCCACCUCGCGCUCCCUCUUCGUCGACGUCAGUCAGCUCACGUGGCACUGGCCACUUGUGGAGGAGUACUUCCAGCCGUCUUCCGUCUUGUGGGGCGGUGGCACACCACCGGAGACGUUCAGCAGUGAUGAAUGGUCGGAGCUAAGGGCGGCAUUUCAGCGGCUGUGCUCCACCGCGCAGCGCCAACUGCGGUCGCGCUUGACAGACAUCGCGUUGUCGCCCCGACUGCGGCGAAACACGUUUCUGUGGAACCAGAUGGCCUGCGGGGUACGCUUUGAUGCCCUCCCUCCGCAAGGGAGUCCCGAGGUAGCGCUGCUGUGGGAGAACCUUGAACGCAAAGAUAUCGUGCCGCUGCACGCCAGUCCACAACAGCUGCUGGAUGUGAUGACACUGGCCGUGUACCGAUUGCCUGAAGAUGCGGCGGAUGCGAUGCUCAUGUUGGACCUGGUCAAGAAGCACGUGGCGUCGCUGCCAGUUCAGAAUGGGCUGCAGGUGUGGUGGUAUGCGUCGCAGUACCUGUCCUCUGCAAAUCACGCGUCGUCGCAGGAGGAAAAGGUGCGCCGACUCGUCCAGGCGGUGCGUGACGCCGCCAAACAACAUGUUGUGUGUGAAGACAAGGCUGUAGCAGAGAAGCUCAGCAUGAUGGAGCAGCGGUUGUUUCAGGCGCUCGUGUAG